AUGACAGCAAACUUAGGAUACCAGCUUCUUCUAGCAGCUAAUGCCAUACCGACAAUAUCAUUUGUUUCUGCUUUCCGAAAUUUCCACACUUCCAAGCGCCGUCUUAACAUCAGAGGCCGAGGCAAUUUCGACAACCGGCACACUCUUGCAGCAGCUGGUACUCCUCCAGAAGCAUCAUUCGUAGAUCCCUUCAACGUUUUUCCCCCAAAAGGAGAAACGCGCAGCGGCACAGGGCGCACAAAAAUAUACGGCACAACAGAUACUCAGAACCAAACCCAGCAAAUAACAGUCUCAUACGUAACCUGCCUCGCCAGCGCCACAACUGCUGAUUUUUUGGCAAUACCGUUGCCUCUCAUAGACAACGAUACGACUACAGUGCUGAAAACGCCUACUGCUUCAUACACUCUGGCCACUCCACAGCUCCACAGCACACUAAGCCGUGAAAGCGGCACCAUAACUUUCUGUGCGAGGAGCAUUUCGUGCAAAAAGCUCAAGUCCCCUGUGCAGUGGAGGUGGCCCCAGCCCCUGGGGCCCCACUUGACUGACCCCUGCUUCACCUCUUUGAAUUUGCUGCAAUAUGUCUUCCUACAGGACAAAGGCACUAGGCUCUUGCAAACAGUGAAGGCCGUCUUCAGGCGCCUUUAG